CACCGCUUAGGCACAAGCACAACUAGGUAGACUGGAAAAGACACUACCUUGGAGCCAUGAAGGUCCUUGUUGUCCUAAUCUUUGUGGUUUUCACUGGCUGUAAUGGCGACCUCCACCAUGCUGAUCAACCCAAGUCAAAGCUGAGCAUGUUUCGGGAUAUGUUCUGGGACUUGGUGAAAAUCUAUGCCCAUGCAACAGAUGAAACCAUCAAGCAGUUCAUGGAGACUGACACUGGACAGAGUUUGAAUGUCCAUUUGAAAGAAGAGGCCAAAGUGGUAGAGCAGUAUGUUAACAUAGCCUGGGACCAUCUUCCCCAAAAAACCAAGGACAUUAUUAGUCAUGCAAUCAUUGGGGCUAUAAGAAUUGCUCGCAGUGUAGACAGGUUUAUGUCCUCUUCAAAGCGCAGAGCCGAUCCAGAGGUUGAUAACUCACUGUGGCCCAUAGCAGAGGCGGCUGAAAUGAAGCUGAUGGAGGGAGCUGAACAGGUGAGGGAUAUGGCCUCUCCUCAUGCUGAAAUGUUGAGGGAAAAACUUGAACCUGUGGUCCAGGACAUACAGGAACAGAUCUAUUCCCUCGCAGUCCUCCUUCAACACCCGCUGAGUCAGCCUCCAUCUGAGUAAGGACAGGAAGAGAUGGCAUCAAAUGAGUGCAUUCUCUGACUCAAACAUCUACUUACUGCUUAUGUGAAAGUACAGCUAACACAUUUUGAAAGUUGAUAACCUUUUAAUAUAUUGUAAGUUUUAAGUACUGAUGAAUAGUACAUUUGAGAUCUUGACCACUAAUGGUGUUCUGUUCUUGUCUGAUGAAAAUAAAAGCAAUGGCAACUUGA